CGCCGCCGCCGCCGCCAUGGAGCCGGGGCCGCCGCGCCGCGCCCGGGCCGCCCGCGGGGCAGGCGCUGGGGCCGGGCCCGGGGCCCGCGGGCUGCUGCCGCCGCUGCUGCUGCUGCUGCUUGCCGGGCGCGCCGCGGGGACGCAGCGCUGGCGCAGCGAGAACUUCGAGCGGCCCGUGGACCUGGAGGGCUCCGGGGACGACGACUCCUUUCCCGACGACGAGCUGGACGACCUGUACUCGGGGUCCGGCUCCGGCUACUUCGAGCAGGAGUCAGGCAUUGAGACGGCCAUGCGGCUCAGCCCAGACGUGGCCCUGGCAGUGUCCACCACACCGGCCGUGCUGCCUACCGUGGACGUCCAGCCCGUGGGCACCCCGUUGGAGGAGCUCCCCGCCGAGCGCCCCACACCAGAGCCAGCCACGAGCCUCCCAGUGGCGACGGAGGUCCCAGAAGAGCCCAGCCGGAGAGCCACCGCCAUCUCCACUCCCAUGGCCACCACAGGGGCCCCCACCGUGGCCUUGGUGCCGGCCACGGCGGCCACCGCCGCUCCCAGCAUCCCCGCGGCACCCCCUCCCACGGCCACCACCUCUGUCGAAAGGACCACCGGCGUACGGAGGCUGCUUCCUCUCCCCCUGACCACGGCGGCCACGGCCCCGGCCACCACCCCAGAGGCGCCCUCCCCUCCCACCACGGCGGCUGUCUUGGACACUGAGGCCCCAACACCCAGGCUGGUCAGUACAGCUACCUCCAGGCCAAGGGCCCUUCCCUCCAGGCCAGCUGCCACCCAGGAGCCUGCCACCCCAGAGCAGAGCACCCUGCCCCUGGGGACCACUGCCCCCGGACCAACCGAGGUGGCUCAGACCCCAACUCCAGAGUCCCUGCUGACCACGACCCGGGAUGAGCUGGAGGUGCCAGUGAGUGGGGGGCCGAGUGGGGACUUUGAGCUGCCGGAGGAAGAGACCACGCAGCCGGACACGGCCAAUGAGGUGGUGGCAGUGGGCGGGGCUGCGGCUAAGCCAUCGCCUCCACCUGGGACGCUGCCCAAGGGGGCCCGCCCCGGCCCUGGCCUCCUGGACAAUGCCAUCGACUCGGGCAGUUCGGCCGCUCAGCUGCCGCAGAAGAGCAUCCUGGAGAGGAAGGAGGUGCUUGUAGCUGUGAUUGUGGGUGGGGUGGUGGGCGCCCUCUUCGCCGCCUUCCUGGUCACCCUGCUCAUCUACCGCAUGAAGAAGAAAGACGAGGGCAGCUACACUCUGGAGGAGCCCAAGCAGGCGAGCGUCACAUACCAGAAGCCUGACAAGCAGGAGGAGUUCUACGCCUAGCGGAGCCACAGUGCCUCCCCAGAGCCUCAGCGUCGCCCCUCUGCCCAGUCCCCAGCCUGUUCCACCAGCCCUGGCCUCGGACGGGGCCUGGGAGAAAGCCUGGCCCCAGUCCAUCUCUGCCCACCCUCUCAAGGUCUGCCCAGAUUGUCAGCCUCACACAGAUCUUCCCCAAGGCUCAGGGGACACCGUCCUCUGCCUAGACUGUGCCCUUACGAGCUCAUCUUUUGUCUUCCACUCACCUGGGGCUUCAGGACCUCGUGUCAGAUGGGUAGCAGGAAAGAAGCUCCUGAUUGGUUGGUGGAAGAAAGGGUGGGGCUUGAGUUGGGCCUGAACUCCAACCUGGCCCCACAGGGCUUGCUGAGGUCUUCUUUUAAGGGCAGAGAGGGACUCAGGCUAGUUUCCAGGACAAGCCUUUAUAAGCUCAGCCCUUGAAAUGGAGACACUGCCACCUGUUGCUUCUUCCCAGGGCCCCUCGAUACCGGGUAAGAGUGUGCCCCUUGUUGCAGUGUUUUGUCCUGGCCUGCCCCAGUUGUGGGUACACUCUACCCUCACCGCACCCACUGCAUAUGCACCCGAAGGUUUCACCUCUUUCCCAGUCUGUCCCUGAGGAAUUAGCUUCCCAAGAGUGCCCUGGCAGUCACUGGUGAGCAGGGCUGGGCUUGUACCUCCCUCUUGCAAGUGGACUCUGCACAGAGACCAUCUCCCACAAGGUCACACGUUGUCACAUCCAAAGACCGACGCACGAAAUGACAAAACCGUACGCCAUCUUGACACCACCCCACCAGCCCAGAUAGGUCACAGACACAUCCUCCCAAAGACGUUUCUUCUCACGUGUUUCUCACGCACCCCCGAAUGCCUACGACAAUGCAAGUCACAAGUCACUGCCACCCACUGGUGGCGGCGUGGCCUGCUGCCCUCACUGUGUCUCUUCACACACGCACAUACAAUCCGGCACCAGGCACGCUGUCCUCUAGCUUUCAGGCUCACUGGGAGGGUGGAACCAGGCCCAGCAGUCAGCCCAUAUUGGGUCCCCCGAGUUGCCCCGUCAGACUCAGUCCCUCACCAUAGCAACCCCCCCCCCCCCCCCCCCCGCCAACCACUUGCCACCAACCCCGGUGUGUCAGACACAAUCCCACGUGGAUGCAGCCUCAUCCCACACAGCCUGCUCGCGCUGGAGGAAGGCCGGUGGGCACUGGCCUUUCCCAGAAAGCGCGUGGGAGGAGAUGCCACGAGGCCCCUCAGGGCAUUGCACACCCCAGCCUGCUUUCCUCCUCUCUGAGGCCUGCAAAGGGGUUGGUGUGGGGCCAGGCCCCCACUUGCAGGGAGCCUUGCUUAGGAAGGCAGGCUGGUUCCUGGAAUUAUAGGACUGGGGAGGGGGCAUGGAUCUCCCAGGACCAAAGGCCCCGGGUGGGCAGGGGGAUGGGGGAGAGGGAGCAGGUGGUCUGGCUCCUGGCCUCCCUGCACCCCCCUCCUGCUCUGAGCUAGGGGCUGACUGCCUCCCAGGACACAAGUCUCCAAAGUGCCUGUGAGGGUGGGCCCUGCUGCCCGGGCCCUCUGCACCCUCUCCCCUCAGCCCUGCCCAGGGUCCUCCCUGGGCAUCCCCCAUUGACACCUUGUCUGCGUAUUUGGCCAAACAACUUGGCAGUUCCGGCUGUAGCUGGAUGGACCUGGAGCUGGAAGCUGCCCAUCCAGACGCCCUGCCCCAGGCUGAGGGCUGAGAGCAGGUGGGGACGGGUGUCACGGCCCCCAGCACACCUCCCCCUUCUUUACCCUUGCAAGUGGGGCCGCUUCUGUGGCUGUUUUAAAGGUGGGGUCACAAUUCUCCUUUGGGGGCUCUUGGAGCCUGGGGUGUGGUCUGCUCGGAAGCUGGCUGGUGCUCACACCCCCACCCCUCACCUGCAACCCAGGUGAAAGCCAGGACCCCAGGUUUUAUUUCUGUUCCCUUUUCAAGAUGCACCGGCAGCAGACUUCUGCUGGGUGAGGGCGGGGGUGCCUGCAGCGGUGAGGGCGAGGCUCCGGGCUUCCAUGGCCUGUCUGCUCACCCUCCUCCUCUUCCCAGGCUGGGGCUCUAUCCUGCAGACCCCAAACCCAUCUCAGCGGGGCCGGGGGGCUUGUGAGGAACCCAGCUAGUCCCAGCCUUGGAGGGGGAUGUGAUGGGGAGAGGCAUCUGGGCCCACAAACUGUUGACGGUGACCUGGCCUCGAUCACCCCUGGAGAGGAAGGCUUGGGGCCCGGAUGGAUGGCACCAAGGCCCCAGCCCCCUCCUUCCCUGGUCCCUGGUGGGUUGCUGUCUUGGGACAGCAGCUCUGGUGAGAAGGCCUGGGCAGGCCGAGGCUGGGAAACCAGAGACCUGUGGCGGGAUGGGGGCGGGUCCAGCGUAGGAUGCGUGACGGGCUCUGACUGGCUGGAGGGGGCUUGGGUGGCCUGCGUGGGUCACUUCGGGGCCUGGCUUCUAACUUGGGGCAUUACCUUCUGGCCCCAACCUCUUCUCUGCGCCCGUAGCAUUCGAGAGGAGAGGCUGAGGGCCUCCACUGAGCCCUGGGCACGUGUGCAGGCUUUAUCCUUAGGCAAUCCAACCGUCUUGCCAGCCCAAGUCCACUCCGGCCAGCCUGAGGCGGGCAAGACGAUCCACGAGGUCGGUUCAAAGGAUGAGCUGGCGCUCUCCUAGGUGCAAUGUGGGGGCAGGGCCUGCCCAGAUCCCCAGACACCCCCAUGCUCCCAGGGGGGGGGGUGUCUGGUGGGCCCUGGCCUUCCCUGGAAGCAUGGCCGAUGCCAAAGGAGGGGGAUCAUGGUGGAUUGGGGACCUCCCUGGGGCCUGGCUGGAAAGGGAAGGUUGGACCCACCCCCAGUUGUGGUGUCUGGAGCCGGGCUCUGUCUUCCCAGGGGCCAGAGGGAGCACCUCACCGAAAGGCUGGGCCAGGCAGGUCUGUGGGCAGUGGCCUGGGAUGCUCAGCGCUGGACCCCCCUGGGGUUGGCACAGUCCUCUGUCCCGGCCUCCAGCUGGGGCCCUGGGCACAGGGAGCAAACACCUGUCUCCCGGGCAGGAGUGACUGCCACCGCCUCAGCUCUCGUGAGUCUCUCCUGACAGCCACCACCCUGGACUUGCUUUCCAGGCCUCCUGCCUGUAAAUAGGAGCUCACAAACUGUACAGAUGGACAGAGAUGCUGAGACCGGGCCCGGAGUCACUGCCUGAGGGCUGAUGGCCCAGCGCCCCUUGGUGCCCACCCGGCAGCGCAGCGCCCCUGGGUGCCCACCGGCAGCGCAGCGCCCCCGGCCUGGCGCGGCGAAUGCAUGUACAUUCUGUAGGCAGCGUGGCUCCAGGGAGCCCCCCGAAGACUGUCCCUCCCGUCUUCCUCCCCCCUGUACAGAGCCCUCUGAGAACCUGUCCCGGGGCGGGUGGGGGUCUGUCCUUCCCUGCCCCGGGCCCUCCCUGUCCCCUGCCCCUCCAUAACCUGUUGAUUAACCACCCCCACCCUGAGUUCAUGGCCAAAACGUUAAGGAGGAGUCGAGGACGAAGACUGGAGAACGACCAAGGCGCCUGCCCCCGUGGGUGCUCCCCUGUCCCAGGCCCGUGAAGGAACCGUUUGGGAUUUUUGUUGGUUUUUUAACACGCCCCGUGCUGUGCCCAUUUAUAAGAGGAAAUAAAAUUAAGCUGAAAUGA